AUGGAAACUCCCCGUGUCCGGCGCGAGCUCUCUUAUGAGAACAAGAUGGAAGUCGUCACCCGGCUGCAGCAACUAACAAUCAUGGGAAAGUUAGUGCGUGGUGCCAUUUCCACCACUGCAAAACACAUGCAGUUGCACCGCACCACUGUCUCCAACGUCUGGGAAGGUUUCAAACACAACAGUCGAAUGCCGUCAGGCAAACUAGGGCGCGUCGGUGGCAAGACGAUCAACACAUCUUCCAUUGUAACUACGCUCGUCAGUGAGGUCCCGGAGGAACAGCGCUCGACAAUGCGCGACAUCUCCCAAGCCACCGGACUGUCCAUGCGCACGCUGAGCCGACGCCUAAAAGACGGAACGAUUGAGCGCAAGAACACUCGUCUCAAACCGCUGCUGACGGACGCCAAUACUAUCGAACGUACCGCAUUUUACCCCGAAACCCCACCAGAAGUGACCUAUGAGUUUGACGCCAUGUGGGACGUUGUGCACCUCGACGAAGUGGUUUAA